ACCCCCAAACACAAAACUUGAAAAGCGGGGAAGGGAAGGGGGGGAAAGACAAAAUAAACAAGGAAGAAAUCAGAAGGUGCAAGGAGGAACCCAGAAAACUUUCCACCCUGGAUUCUCUACUUUUGAUCCAUGGACAGAGCCCGGCUCAGCCAAGUUACGGUCAGACUAUAAGCAGUCCUUGCUCAUUUUAUUGCGACCUGCCUGUGGGAACGCUGUCUCCAACUCAGAGUAGUAUGGACCGGAGAAGUGAGAGUCCCUGUCUAAGGGAGAGCCCAGACAGAGGGAGCGGCAGCCCUGAAGUCAAAGGUCCUCCCCCAGUGAAGGUCGCCAGGCUGGAACAGAAUGGCAGCCCGGUGGGAGCCCGAGGGAGGCCCAAUGGCUCGGUCACCAAAUCAGUGGGAGGUUUGAUGAUUCCUGUUUUUUGUGUGGUGGAGCAGCUGGACAAUUCUCUUGAAUAUGAUAAUCGAGAAGAACAUGCGGAGUUUGUUCUGGUUCGCAAAGAUGUGCUUUUUAGUCAGCUGGUGGAAACCGCACUCUUGGCUCUUGGAUAUUCUCACAGCUCUGCGGCUCAGGCACAAGGUAUAAUCAAACUUGGGAGGUGGAAUCCUCUUCCUCUCAGUUAUGUGACAGAUGCACCUGAUGCGACAGUUGCCGACAUGUUACAAGAUGUCUAUCAUGUUGUGACACUGAAAAUUCAAUUACAAAGUUGUUCAAAGUUGGAAGACUUGCCAGCAGAGCAGUGGAACCACGCCACAGUCCGUAAUGCCUUAAAGGAGCUGCUCAAAGCGAUGAAUCAAAGCACGCUAGCCAAAGAAUGCCCCCUCUCUCAGAGUAUGAUAUCCUCCAUUGUAAACAGCACCUACUAUGCCAAUGUGUCAGCAACCAAGUGCCAGGAGUUUGGGAGAUGGUAUAAAAAGUACAAGAAGAUUAAAGUGGAAAGAGUUGAAAGAGACAACCUGUCAGAAUAUUGUGUUCUGGGUCAACGUCCCAUGCACUUACCAAAUAUCAACCAACUGGCAACCUUGAGCAAAACAAAUGAACAGUCUCCUCAUGGUCCAAUUCACCACAGUACUCCAAUCAGAAAUCAAGUGCCAACAUUGCAGCCAAUCAUGAGCCCCGGUCUUCUUUCACCUCAACUCAGUCCGCAACUUGUUAGGCAGCAGAUAGCAAUGGCUCACCUGAUUAACCAGCAGAUCGCAGUAAGCCGAUUACUGGCUCAUCAGCACCCACAAGCUAUUAACCAACAGUUUCUAAAUCAUCCACCCAUCCCUAGAACCAUCAAACCAGAGCCAACAAAUUCCUCAGUGGAAGUCUCUCCGGAUAUCUACCAGCAAGUCAGAGAUGAGCUGAAGAGAGCCAGUGUAUCUCAAGCUGUAUUUGCAAGAGUGGCUUUCAAUCGCACCCAGGGAUUGCUAUCAGAGAUCCUGCGUAAAGAAGAAGACCCUAGAACAGCCUCCCAAUCCCUCCUGGUAAACCUGAGGGCAAUGCAGAAUUUCCUCAACCUGCCUGAGACAGAACGAGAUCGUAUAUAUCAGGAUGAGAGAGAGAGGAGUAUGAACUCCAGUGUGAGCAUGGUGUCUUCAGCUGCCAGCAGUCCAAGUUCCUCCAGAACCCCCCAGGCCAAAACCUCGACACCAACAACAGACCUCCCCAUUAAGGUGGAAGGAGCCAACAUCAACAUCACAGCUGCCAUUUAUGACGAGAUCCAACAGGAGAUGAAAAGGGCCAAGGUGUCUCAAGCUCUGUUUGCCAAAGUGGCAGCCAACAAAAGUCAGGGUUGGCUGUGUGAGCUGCUCCGUUGGAAAGAAAACCCAAGUCCGGAGAACCGCACGCUGUGGGAAAACCUCUGCACCAUCCGGCGCUUCCUGAAUCUCCCCCAGCAUGAGCGAGACGUGAUCUAUGAAGAGGAGUCCAGGCAUCACCACAAUGAGCGCAUGCAGCACGUUGUCCAACUCACCCCUGAGCCUGUGCAGGUUCUUCAUAGACAGCAAUCACAGCCUGCCAAGGAAAACUCGCCUCCGAGAGAAGAAGCCCCGCCCCCACCUCCAGAGGACACGUGCACCAAAAAAACAAGAUCCCGUACUAAGAUAUCUUUGGAGGCUUUGGGCAUCCUUCAGAGUUUCAUCCACGACGUCGGCCUCUAUCCAGACCAGGAGGCCAUCCACACUUUAUCUGCUCAGUUAGAUCUGCCUAAACAUACCAUCAUCAAAUUCUUCCAGAACCAACGUUAUCACGUAAAACAUCACGGGAAACUAAAAGAGCAUCUGGGGACUGUGGUAGAUGUGGCAGAAUACAAAGAUGAGGAGCUUCUGACUGAGUCAGAAGAGAAUGACAGUGAGGAAGGCUCUGAGGAGAUGUACAAAGUGGAAACAGAAGAAGAGAACCCUGACAAAAACAAGGCAACAACUUCGGAAACUGAUCAGAGAUAAUGUGAAACUCCCAGAGGCAAAGCAAUACAUUAUUCCAACCUUUUUCAGAGGGGGGGGGGUCCUUCUUUUUUUUAAAGUGUUUGUUUUUUCAAGUGUGCAUUGAUUAUAUGCAGAUUGAACGAUUAUUUUGCAUAGCCCAUUCAGACAUUCCCUUAGGCACUUGAGUGUUACACCUUUUGUGUUUGAGACAAUGUUAAUUGUAAUUCACAUGGUUAACCUUGCACUUAUAAAAGGAACCUCUAGCAAGUUACAGGACGGAACAGACCAAUGAAAUCAACGAAGGAAAUAGCUGUGUGGGUAUGUAUAUGUAUAUAUUUACACAUACAUAUAUAUAAAAUAUAUGUAAAUAUAUAUAUACAUAUAUAUAUAUAUGAAAUGUGCAUGGGACGUAACUUUACAAUCUGAAAGUAUAGACUGUGAAAUGAGCCCAUUAAAGAUGAGUCUUGUUUGUGUAUUGAAAAACCACUUCACAAUGAGUUGCUUUGGCUUUUAGAUAAACUGCUGCCUCCUCUCAGGGUGUGGUGACUAUUUUGGAAUACCUAUUUAUUUUCUAUGUUUAUCCCUGAUCUUUUUUUUAUUAUGGCUUCCUCUUUGGCAGCUUGAUAGGUAAUUUUUGAGGUAUGCAUUUAAAAACGUAGAUCGACACUGCCAAAAAAAAAAAAUCAAGGGAGGAGGAGGAUGGGUGGGGGAAUCAGGGCACCUUAAAAAAUAAAAUCCCAACCCAAGGAAGUUUUCAAAACCUCAUCCACAAUGCACAUUUAACGCAACAGAGCAUGUUUGGUUUGUUGUCUUUUUCGUAUCAAACAGAUGGAUUUUUGUGGACUUUCUUUAAUGGGAAAUUCAGAGGACCGAAGACUCGUCCACUAACAACGUCUUUGUAAAAAGUUGUUCUUAUGAGAUUUAAUCUAUGGGAUUUCACUCAAGCCAUGUUUUGAAGUGGUGUUGUUUUCCAAAGGAGCAAACUGUCUGCCUCUUGUUGAGCAGCUUCCAUUCAUUGCGGUGGGGCUCGUGUGUCUGGAGUGCUGAUUUCUUUGCUCCCUUAGUGUCUGUCAGGUAUUAAUGUUUAGAGACAUUGUUCAUGAUAUAUGUCCGAGUUGCUUUUCAGUUAACGCUUUCACAAAUCACAACUACCCGCCUGGGGCAAACUUAACUGGUCCGUCGUCAGUGAAAGGCUUUCCAGGACCGAAGUUCCUGCCCUACCUCUCUCGUUUUCUCCUAUGUUUUGAUUCUUAUGCUUCAGUUUAAUUAUCUCAGUGAGACGAAAGGUUUUUAACCAGCUAUAUCCCAAGGUACAGUCCUCCGUACUGUGAUGCGUGGUAGACUUGGUGGGAAGGAGCACACAUUCUCAACGAGCUGCAGCUCUAGGUGGUAAGAGUCAGCAUUUCCACGUUGUCACUUCCUCAUCAGAAGCGGAGACCUUUUCCUAGUGACUUAACAUAGCAAUUUCAUUACAUAAAGCAGAACGAAUGCUGACUGACUCUUCAGUAGUUAUGAGCAUUAAAGCUGCAAUUUACUAUAGCCCCCAACAUGUUUUUGAAGCUGUAGUUCAGAAGCGACACCAGCGGAGUUGCUGGUUGCCUUCUGCAGAAUGAUUUUUCAAAGGAUAUUUUUAACUUCCUUCCACAUGAUCGCUUUUGGAUGCUUCAGCUCACUGCUAGGCUUUGUUUUUCCUGGGGUGUGGGGUGGGAACGACAUCUGCUUUGUAACUUUUUAACAAAGACCUCAUGCAAUAUCACUUGGAAAGCUACAUUAUGUUUCUUGCACAGGCAUUGUAAUAUAACUGUUAAUACUAUUUAUAUAAUUGAGAAGGUAUAAAAGGCAGGCAUUAAAAUAAACCUCUGUACAGAUCGUUACUCUGAAUGUGACAACGUACAGGGAGAAGAAACGUUGCAAUACAAGCUAAUUCUAGCUGCUCAGUAACCUCUGGAAUUUUUAAAAGGAACUUUUCCACAAUCAGUAUAUGACGCCCACAGUGUACCUACAUAUAUUUCAUAUACCCUCGAAAGACAAUUUUGGCUUGCUCACUUUUUAAACUCUUCUUCCUUUACUGUAGUAUGCUGCAGCUUUAAUCAAAGUUCAGUACGUGCUGUUUUACGUUCUCUGAGUUACUCGUUUUCAAACUGUCAUCUGAAACUCUUGCUGAAAUCACUACAUUUAUGUAAUAUUGGUCAAGCUGUCAUAAGGUUAUUCAUCUCUUUGGCAUCAGCAUAUUGUUUUUUUAAACACUUCAACCAAAAAAAUUAGUAGGGAUUUUUUUCAGUGCUGAGUCUUGCCUUUAUUAUUAUUAUUAUUAUUAUUUUUAAAUUUCACUGCCAGUUUUGCAGUGGUUCUUCUAAGUAAAUCUGUGGGCAUUUUCGCCUGUGGUCUUGCCAGAACUUUGCGAAUUACAAUGCAUAUAUGUCUAUUUAUUCAAUAUUCAUCAUAUAAUAUCUAUUUGGAAAAAGAAUCUUUUCUUGUAGUGCCUCUUAACAAAGCACAAUUUCCGCCUUUUUGUGAAAUAAGAGAAAACUUUAAAAAAAAUUGUGUUAUUGCAGUAUCAACAAUGUGAAUGAGGAUUAACAUAUUGUAAAUGUUCUUUUUCCAUGUAAAUCAACUUGAUCUUUGUUAUCACUAAGUGAUAAUUAAAUUUUAACUUAUGUGCAUUGUUAGUCUGUUAGAAUUUUUUGGUUGUUAAAAUAAAACACAUUCAGUAAAUGA